AUGCGACUAGCUCAUCUGCGACUACCUGCGCUGACUUCGUACCAUCAUGCUGCAAACAUUCAAGAAGUUCUACUACAAAGGUAUUUUCAGGCCAAAGACCGUGUGCACAAGUCGAAAUCCUCAGGCCUUCAAGAUUCUCGUACUAUACAACUGCCAGAUCCUACGGUCAUCACUGCCGAAUUCCAACCAGUCUAUACGUUUGGUAGAAGGCAGCUCAAUAGAGUGGGCGAGCAGCAACGGCGGUUCCUGGAGGGCAAUGGCAGAGCCACGGUCGUAGAGGCACAAAGAGGAGGCCAGGUGACAUAUCACGGGCCGGGACAGCUUGUUGCUUAUCCAAUAAUCGAUCUUCGGCGGCAUAAGAUCACUCCACGAAAUUACAUUCACCUGCUCGAAGACACAGUCAUUGCGGUUUGCACGAGCUUUGGCGUUCCUGCUGUCGAAACCACUGAGGACCCGGGUGUCUGGGCAAAAGGAGGCCAACACAAGAUCUGUGCUAUUGGAGUUCAGGUUCGAAGAGGCAUUACAUCACACGGCAUUGGGCUCAAUGUUACUGAUCGUGAGGAUUUCCUCAGCUGGGGCUUCAGUCGAAUCGUUGCAUGUGGUCUUGAGGGCAAGCAUGUCACGUGGCUCAGUGCAGAGCAAGCCCACGGCGCUGAAAGUAUCCGCGUUGAGGAUGUGGCCCCGGCAUUUGUCAAGACUUUAGCAGAACGUCUUGGGGGCAUUGACGAGAUCUAUCAGACCUCUGAGCAAGAUCUGUAA